ACACAAAUUUAGUUCUUAUCUAUAAUAUAUCACGUAAUGAUUGCAACACUAAGUUUGCAAUUUUUACAUGAAAACUAAGUGGGAAUAAUGAAUAUAAUUGGGAUAUUUAAACACUUAAUUUGUUUAUGAAGAACUAACAUGUAGGAAGAAAAUUCUACGAAAAUGAUUUGUUCUUAUCGACUAGCACUAGGUAUAAUAUACGAACUGUGUUAGAUGUAGAAGUAGACAUCAAUCUACCACAGUCUUUUACAAUCUACUCAUAAAAUAUGGGACUAGUUCAAAUGCUCUCACGCUUCCUGAAUACAGUAAAUAUUCAAUACCUACAUUAUUCACUGCUUUUAACCAAUGAACAUAUCUUCAAAUCUAUUUUUAUAAAAUCAUUAGAGAUAACAACAGAUAUUUUGUAGGACAAACAUAUUUAUAAUACAGAGCUGUGCUUUGGUGAAAAGUGAGUGGGUAUAAAACUUUAAAUUAAGAGUGCCACAUUUAUCAACGUUCUCAAACUUUAUGUUUAUAAGGAAGUUCAACAUCAUAUGAAGGAACGCGGGAAACACAAACUAAUAACACUAUGUUAUUAAAAGUUAUUACUGCAUUUAUAAUCCAAAGGUUGGAUGAAUGAGUAAAAGUAUUUGAAGUGUAGUGCAAAUAUUGACAGUAUCUCUACAUAGACUUUUUUCCAAGGAUUUUCUCACAUUUCAGUAGUUCAUUACAAGUUUUGAAUUUGUGUAUUGAAUAAUUUCGAGAUACAAUACAAUACAAUUUAUCUGUCAAUUAAAUUGUCAUAUAAGUAUGAAAAUUAUCGCUUGAUUUACAAAUAGUGUUAGAGAUAAAAGUAAAGUGGAAUAAAGGAAUAAUGUGCCAAAGUCUACCAACAGUAUGCGCUCAAAAAAGGGUAACUAUGGUUAAAUACAUUCUUGGUAUUGAUAUAGGCACCACGUCUGUGAAAGUAUGUAUUGUUAAUAAAGAAACUCACGAUGUAGAAGCUCAAAAUAUUAAAGAUACUCAAUCUAAUAUACCAAGUGAUACUGGUCCAGGAGGUAAUAAACAGGAUGUUUCAAAAAUUGUUUACGCUAUAAAUUUGUGUGUGUCCAAGCUGCCCAAACAUUUACUUCAAGAGGUAUGUGAAAUUGGUAUAUGUGGACAAAUGCAUGGUGUUUUGUUUUGGAAAAAUGAUAGCGAAAAGAGAGCAUGGGAAAUUAUAGAAAAAGAUACCUCAGUAAGAUAUGAUGUAUCUCUCGAUAGAGUUUCUGCUUUGUACACGUGGCAAGACAAUAGAUGUGAUCCCUCUUUUCUAAGUACACUUCCUGUUCCUGAAUCUCACUUAAAUGUUUCUACAGGAUUUGGAGUCGCUACGAUCUUCUGGAUGACUAAAAACAAACCUGAGAAACUUAGAAGAUUCAACCACUCGGGCACAAUAGCAGAUUUUGCAGUGGCCAUGUUGUGCAAUUUAGAUCGACCAGUUAUGUCCUGUCAAAAUGCAGCAAGUUGGGGAUAUUUUAACUGUAGAACGUCAGAAUGGAAUAUUGAUAUUUUGAAAAAUGCGAAUUUUCCCGUUGAAUUACUGCCUGAAGUUAAAGCAAGCGGUAAAAUAGCCGGAUAUUUAGCUGGAAAUUGGCAUAGUGUACCAAAGGGAACACCAGUUGGAGUUGGUCUCGGUGAUCUUCAGUGUUCGGUAUUGUCAACAUUAGAAACACUGGAAGACGCAGUUCUGAAUAUAUCCACUUCGGCACAAAUAUCUUUUGUAGUAGAUAGCUAUGUGCCUAACAAUGGUCCUCCAGAAGUACUACCUCUUUACUAUUGGCCCUAUUUUGGACAACAGUAUGUAGCGGUUGCGGCUUCAUUGAACGGGGGUAAUAGUUUGGCCACGUUUGUGAAAAUGUUGCAACAGUGGGUGAUGGAGUUAGGAUUUAACGUACCUCAAUCGAAAGUUUGGGAAAAAUUACUUGCCAUUAGUAUAGAAGAUUCAGCAGUAUCAGAUCUUGAAAUAAGACCAACUUGUCUAGGAGAGAGAUAUAAUCCGGAUUUAGCGGCUUCGGUUUCAAAUAUUCAUGUCGGUAAUCUUGGAUUGGCACAAGUUUUUAGAGCAUUAUGUCGAGGUCUUAUGGAGAAUUUACACAGUAUGAUACCAAGGGAAGUAUUGCAGAGUGCGAAAAUUACUCGAAUAGUUGGCAACGGUUCUGGUUUAUCUCGGAAUAAGAUUCUACAAAAAGAAGUCGAAAAGCUUUAUCAAUUACCCUUGGUAUUUACAAAAGGAGGUGAUGCUGCGAAGGGUGCAGCUCUUGCGGUUCAUUUGCAUUCAAACACCUAAUUUUUAAUAUAUAUUUAGUUUAAUAGCAUUUGCUUAAAAAAUUCUGCAAACAUUAAGUCUACUUGGAUAUGUGUUAAUUUAAUUGGUAGUUUACUAGUUUAUACUCAAAAAAAAUUUGUAUGAUGUUCUAAUUAUUAGUUUUAUCAUGUUUUCACAUCGGUAAUAAAAGGAUACGAUUUCGUGUGCUCAAAAAUAUUGUAAUAAUACAUAUUAGUAAGACUAAUUUAGUUUUUCCCACCGACAGUUUCUCUCGACGGUGGAUGAUAAAACUUCUUUCUUUUAUUACUUACUUAUCUUUUAGUAUUUUCAAAUACGUUUCCAAAACAAUUUUGAAAUUCCCAAAAUCUUUUAAUUACAUAUCCAAAAAUAUAAUAACACUUCUUUUUUAAACUAUAUUUCCUCUUCAUAUGAGAUUAUUUUAUAUUUCUUUCUGUUUCUUCCCAUAGAUAAAUAGAAAUUGAAACAGUUGUGUACUCUAUGGGAUAAUUACCCCUUUAUUCCAUGUCUUCUUACUUCAAUUGGUCAGUUAGGAAGAGAUUUUUUAACGCUCAUUUCUUGUUCUUAAAAAAUUUGUUUUGAAAAUGCUUAUUAGUAAAACUAUUCUAGUUUAUACCCAUCAACAUUUGAGGACAAAACUAAAAUUUAAUAUUUAUCAUCAAAAUCUCCAUGUUUGGUUUGUGCCUAGGAAGUAACGUGUAUUAUUAAUAUUUAUCAUGUUUUUGAAUUGUUAAAAAUGUAUUUAUUACAUAUCCAAUAAUAAUACUGCUUUUCAUUAUUAUCAUUUGAUAUCUAGCUCUUGACGUUAAGCCAACACGAGAGGUUGGUAUCUUCAGAAGCUGUGAUCGUUAAGACCGAAGAAAGGUAAUCGUAACGAUUUAACAGUCGGCUCAGUCUGCCCUAGUUACCCAUAGGUUAGCUCCAACCGGCUAGUCUGGACUGUUCCUGGAAGCGUUUCUAUAUUUUCGCGUAAUCUAUGACUAUGUUCGAUUCUCGUAACAGUACUCGCUAUCUGCCAAGUAUCGAAAGGAGCGUCCCGGAAAUGGUUUAUAAACGAUGCCUAAGUCAGUUGGAACACAAAACAAAAUUGUUCGUCUAACCGUAACUGUCUUAAUGGAAUACAUAAUCGUCUCCGUACCAAUGACGGUUCUUUGAUGGUUUUGGGUUGGAACGAACCUAAUAAAUAUGAAAUACCUUAAAAAAAUUGAUAGAAAGAAAACAUCUCACAAAAAACUCACAACAAAUUCCCAAACCGAGAAGAAUCGUUUUUACUUAUUAGUGCUCUCUUUUCGGUUUUUUUCUGGCCAAUGGUCGUUCGCUUUACCUCUUUCCAAGCCACAAUUUUUGGUAAUUUCCUGUAAUGGGCUGGUACUCCUGAAUAACAGUUUCACUUUGACAGUUGACUGGACGAUGCAUUAUUCGAUCAUGUGUGAGGGUGGGGCAUAAGUUUGUUUCUGACUUAAGCAAACUUUCCAAUUCAUCUGAUUUCCAAAGUCAACUGUCAAACAUGAAUCAGUGCCACCAACCGAUCUUGCUUGAAUAAGAAGCGUUCUGUUACUGAGACAUUGUUUACUAAUUGGCCAGUCAGGUAGAGGUUAACGAUAUCAUUUAUAUUGCAAUAACUAGAAAACAGGGUAAAUUAUACAUAUAAGUAAGAGUUUUUAUAAUAAAUAUUUUUUUUCUGUUGUAUAGUAAUAUUGUGAUAUAUUUAUAUAAACAAACUGGUAUUUCAUCUAGUUUGCAAGCGCUUAGAGGCACUUAUUGAGAUGAGACUACUUAGAUGUUGAUUCAUGCAAUUGAUUGAAAAGGAAACAUAAAUGAUCUUAUCAGGCACAUAAUUGAACUAAAACAAUUAUAUGAGGGGGUUAUAAUAAUGUUAAAUUUCUAAAUGUUAAUUGUCUGAACAUUUUAAAGAAUCGGUUCCAGAAAAUUGCAAAAUCUUUGAGAUUAUUAAAAGCGAGGAUUAUUCAAAACACCAUUUGUUCAGUCAAUAACUAUUUUCUCGUGCAUUUAUCACCUACAGUAUCGAUUUUCAUAAAUAUUUGUAUUCAGCUUCUUCUUCAUCAAAACUGUUUCAUAUAUAAAAAAUUGUUUAUCGACUUUAAUGUAAAGUAUUUACAGAUAAUUGCACACUCAAAAUUAAUAUUAUAUUAAUUUUUCGAAUUUUACUCCCUAAAUAAAAAUGAACCCCCGGUACAAGCUCAACUUUAAAGUAACGGGUGAAUAGAACCAAACUAAAAAUUUUUAUGAAAAUCGAUACUGUUUAAUUAGUUAAAUAACUUCUUAAUAACAAGUUUAUUAUUCUUUUUUAACGAUAUCUUUCAUAAGGAGUGGUUGUUAAGGGCCGAAAUUGGUUAAUAAUUCAUAUUUAAAAUUGUCAAUUGACAUUCAUUUAACUGAUAUAAAUAUAUUUUCACUUAAUUCCAUGCACAAAAAAAACGACAAAUGAACAAAAUACUUUGAAAACAAAAAUUAGCCAAAAUUAGCAGGCGCAGUCUUUCAAAAAUAUCUCGUAUACACUGCGACUCAAAGGAUCUAUUGCUUCGAUACCCUUUUUUUGAAAAGUCUAGAAUGGCUUUAAUUGCCAGAGAUCUUCUAUUUCAUAUGUACUCAGACGUAGUGCUCUAGAGUGUUUCACAUUUUGAUAGAAUGUGGAUAGAGGUUUCGUCCUUUGUGCAACAAAAUCUGCAUUUGUAUAUUAUUCAAAGCUGCUUUAAAAAAUUGGUUUGAUGUGCAGUUGAACCAGCAAGCAUGAUAUUCUUCGUCGUCCUAUACCUCUCUUUCCCUGCAUUCAAACCAAUCUAUGGAAUUGGUAUUGUUGUACCCUCAAUAAUUCUCUUUGUGUCGCCAUUUUGCGUAAAACUUCUCUAUUAUACGUAGUAUUCUUCUCAAUACCUACAUUUCAUAGGCUUCCAGUUUUUUCAUUAUUAUAAUUCGUUAUUCAAGUUUUUACAUCGAAAGAAGUUUCAUAUUUUAUAAAAUGCCCUGCGAGCAAUUUCAAUUCUUAGUUUUAUCUCUUCAGUGCUGUCAUUUCUCGAAUCAAUUCAAGUCCUUAGAUAUUUGUAUUUUUGUACUUUUUAAACGUGGUUGUUUCCAAUUUGUAACUGUUCAUUUUGAUCUUACAUAUUCCAGAAGUGGUGCAUGUAUUUAGUUUUAUUUAAAUCCAUGUGUAGCCCUACUGCACGCUGUCUCUCCAGGCUACUAAAAAUACGUAAAAUUCACUACUUCACUUGUGUAAGAAUGGGUACUACAUUUAGGCCGGGUGCAAGUUGAGACGCAGCACAGUUUCUGUAACUCUUGUUGUCUAAUGGAACCGCGUAAAUUAAGAGGCAGGGCAGUACUGCGUCGGCCGUGGCCAAAGUGGCACUCGCGAAUGUCACACAGAAACUGCGUCACACUCGCCUAGUUGCCUACAGGUGUUUAUGGAAAAUUGAAACACGCGAAGAAAAAUUGAUUGAACUACUGCGAAACCACCGAGAAUUAUAUAAUAGAAGUGAUCCGAACUAUAUGAAAAUUAAAUUGAAACCGUCGUCAAAAUGUUAUUGUUCUUAUUAAGAGGCAACGAAGCCUUAUUUAUUACAUGUGAUUUGAUUUAUUAACCACGUACCUCACCACAGUCGGAAUUAUUUUUUUUACAUCCUUCAAAUAAGAAGACAUAAAAUUAGACAAUCAUAACUUGGUCACUAAUUAGAAUAUUAGAUAUUGGAACCAUAUGUUUUGUUUUUUAUCAGAUAUCAACUUUAAAAAACAUAUUUCUGUUGUUUAUUGUUUUACCAAGAAUAUUUUGAAGUAAUAUUUAAAAUGAGUCAAAUAGCUUAAUCUAAUUCUUUAUUAAAUAGUAUUGUGAUUCUAUGGAAAAUUUCUGUUUUUUUAUGAUGAUGCUAUAAUAUAAUCAAUUUCGCUAUUUUGGUAUUGUUGUAAUAUAACAUCAAUUACCUAUGUUCCUGUAAAAACUUGAAAUUUAUUUUUACGGGAAAUAUAUUCCAGAAACUAUUUGCAAUGUUCUAAAAAUAACACUAAAUAAUUAUUGACUGUGGACAUACUGUUUACUUAUUUUCCAGCUUAUCGCAUUUUAAUUUAUUUUUUGAAUAUUGACGAGGUUUAUCUGUGUUUUUCUGUAGCGUUUAUCUAAUUUGCAAUCAAUUCAUCAAAAAUGGAAAUAGAAAAUACGUCACAAAUAAUAGUUGUUUAUGCAACAAUUGCAAAAAGUAAGUGUUUGCCGUUAGGCCGAGUUUGACAAUACGUUCAGUGCAUACACUUUUUGCACAAGCUACAUUCAAUUAUUUUUCUACGUUCAUGAAAAAAAAAAUGUUUUAUUUAGGAGUAGAAAAAUAAAAAGCGUAAUUUAAGUGCAAAAUAUUAAAUAAUUAAUUAACACCAUCGGUCAACAUUAUUAUAUUAUAAUUAAUAUUAAAAGUAAAUGUACAAUUUUCGCAAUUUUCAAUAUUAGUAUUUCUUAGUGAAUAAUUGGGACGUCAUUUCGUGUAUUUACGGUAUAUAUCGAUCAAAUUUAAUCCUUCUUCAACCUUACCUCGAAUGAAAGACUUCGUUCCUUGUUAGUUUUUGAAUUUGGCACCUUUAUAUUUAAUAUUGAACCUACUUCUAUGUCUUUAAUACUCAAUUUUUAGAGAUCAAUUCUACGCCAUGCCCCUGCGAGACCAAAUAUUGCAGCGACCUACAACAAUUAAUUUUAAAAUGUCUUACAAAAGCUAAACAAUAAUUACUGAUUUACUUUUUUCAUCAAAUACUGGGAAUUCGGAGCUUCUUUUAGAAAUUGAUAAAUGUGCCCCCUAUUAAAUACUUUUGACUUCCGAGAGUUCUGCUUUAUAAAUGCCAUUAGUUUUUUGUAAUUUUUAAUAUUAAUAUCUUCUCAGAUCAAAGUAUUGAGAGUUUAAUAUUUUAGAAUAAGUUUUUUUGAAGAAUUAUUUACGUAGUCGUAGGAAAAAUAGUGUACACAACUCGAUGGAAACUGUAUUCGCACUCGUUACGUUUUAGCACUCGCCGUUACGCAGCUUAUGCAAAACAGUAACUAGUGCGAUAUGUAUCAGUUUCCAAACUUGUUAUGUAAUAUACUAUUGAAGACCUAAACUUUCUCAUACUUAAAACAUGAGUUUGAUUAAUGAUCUUGAAAAUAUCUACAGUUAUUUUUAAUUGUAACUGUUGAUUGUAGUCUAUUUACAAUUAUCAGUAUUAAUUAUAUAUAUCCAUAUUAAGAAUGUUAUUCUAUACUUUCCUGCUUGUUAAUGUUUCAUCUAAAACUUCAAAAAUAAUUGCCAAUAGCUUGCCAUUGUAAAUCAGAAUAAAAACUUGUCAAAUAGCGUUUAAACACCAACACAAUUAGUUUAUUUUUAGCGAAUCUGAAUUGAUCUUUACUACAGCAUGUAAUUUGUUCAUUCAUAGUAAAAUAAAGUAUUAAUAACCAAA